GUCCUGCCAGCGGCCACCAGCGGGGGCGCUGUUGUCACUUUGGUUACCCAUAAGCGGGGGAGUGAGAGGUGCAUGAAAUGGAGAAAAAUGGCGGAUCAUGUGCAGGGCCUCGCCCAGCUGGAGAUCCUGUGUAAGCAGCUGUACGAGACCACCGACACCGCCGUCCGACACCAGGCUGAGAAAGCUCUGGUGGAAUUCACCAACAGCCCCGACUGUCUCAGCAAAUGUCAGCUGCUGCUGGAGAGAGGCAGCUCUUCAUAUUCUCAGCUGCUCGCAGCCACCUGUUUAUCAAAACUGGUUUCUCGGACCAGCAACCCUCUACCCCUCGAGCAACGCAUCGAUAUCCGGAACUAUGUGCUGAACUACCUGGCGACGCGGCCGAAGUUGGCGGCGUUUGUGACGCAGGCUCUGAUCCAGCUCUACGCCAGGAUCACCAAACUGGGCUGGUUCGACUGUCAGAAAGACGACUACGUGUUCAGGAACGUGAUCGCAGACGUGACACGCUUCCUGCAGGACAGCGUUGAACACUGCAUCAUAGGAGUCACCAUCCUGUCCCAGCUGACCAAUGAGAUCAAUCAGGCCGACACGACGCAUCCUCUGACCAAACACAGGAAGAUCGCCUCCUCGUUCAGAGACUCCUCGCUCUUUGACAUUUUCACGCUUUCCUGCAACCUCCUCAAGCAGGCUUCAGGGAAGAACCUGAACCUGAAUGAUGAGUCCCAGCACGGCCUGCUGAUGCAGCUCCUCAAGCUCAGCUACAAUUGCCUGAACUACGACUUCAUAGGAACCUCCACGGACGAAUCGUCGGACGACCUGUGCACCGUGCAGAUCCCCACAUCAUGGAGAUCAGCGUUCCUCGAUUCCUCCACCCUGCAGCUGUUUUUCAAUUUAUAUCAUUCCAUCCCUCCAUCCCUCUCCCCGCUGGUGUUGUCGUGUCUAGUUCAGAUCGCCUCAGUUCGGAGGUCUCUCUUCAACAAUGCAGAGCGAGCAAAGUUUCUGUCACACCUGGUGGACGGAGUGAAGAGGAUACUGGCAAACCCACAGUGUUUGCCCGAUCCAAACAACUACCACGAGUUCUGCCGCCUGCUGGCGAGGCUGAAGAGUAACUACCAGCUGGGCGAGCUGGUCAAAGUGGAAAACUACCCAGAGGUCAUCCGCCUCAUCGCCAACUUCACCGUCACCAGUCUGCAGCACUGGGAGUUCGCCCCCAACAGUGUUCACUACCUGCUGAGCCUGUGGCAGCGCCUGGCAGCGUCGGUCCCUUACGUUAAAGCCACGGAGCCCCAUCUGCUGGAGACGUACACUCCGGAGGUCACCAAGGCCUACAUCACAUCCCGGCUCGAGUCGGUCCACGUCAUCCUCAGGGACGGGCUGGAGGACCCUCUGGACGACGCCGGCCUCGUUCAGCAGCAGCUGGACCAGCUCUCCACCAUCGGCCGCUGCGAGUACGAGAAGACAUGCGCACUGCUCGUCCAGCUGUUCGACCAGGCGGCUCAGACCUACCAGGAGCUGCUGCAGUCCACCAACUCGAGCGCCAUGGACAUCACAGUGCAGGAGGGUCGGCUCACGUGGUUGGUUUACAUAAUCGGGGCAGUGAUCGGAGGACGCGUGUCGUUCGCGAGCACAGACGAGCAGGAUGCCAUGGAUGGAGAGUUAGUCUGUCGGGUGCUCCAGCUCAUGAACCUGACAGACUCGCGGCUCGCUCAAGCUGGGAAUGAGAGGCUGGAGCUCGCCAUGCUCAGCUUCUUCGAGCAGUUCAGAAAGAUCUACAUCGGUGACCAGGUGCAGAAAUCAUCAAAGCUUUAUCGACGACUAUCAGAAGUUUUGGGCUUGAAUGACGAGACGAUGGUACUCAGCGUCUUUAUAGGGAAAAUUAUCACAAACUUGAAGUACUGGGGCCAGUGUGAACCAAUCACCUCCAAGACACUCCAGCUCCUGAACGACCUCUCCUUAGGGUACAGCAGCGUAAGGAAGCUGGUGAAGCUCAGCGCUGUCCAGUUCAUGCUGAACAACCACACGAGCGAGCACUUCUCCUUCCUGGGAGUGAACAACCAGUCCAACCUGAGCGAUAUGAGGUGUCGGACCACCUUCUACACUGCACUAGGACGCCUGCUGAUGGUCGAUUUAGGUGAAGAUGAGGACCAGUUCGAACAGUUCAUGCUGCCUCUGACGGCGGCGUUUGAAGCAGUGGCUCAGAUGCUGAGUACAAACACCUUUAACGAGCAGGAAGCCAAGAGGACUCUGGUGGGUUUGGUCCGGGACCUGCGAGGAAUUGCAUUCGCCUUCAAUGCCAAGACGAGCUUCAUGAUGCUGUUUGACUGGAUAUACCCGACCUACAUGCCCAUCCUGCAGCGGGCCAUCGAGCUGUGGUACCACGACCCAGCAUGCACCACGCCAGUCCUCAAGCUCAUGGCAGAGCUCGUCCACAACAGAUCACAGCGGCUUCAGUUUGAUGUGUCGUCGCCAAACGGCAUCCUGCUGUUCAGAGAAACCAGCAAGAUGAUCACGACCUAUGGGAAUCGGAUCCUGACGCUGGGCGAGGUCCCUAAGGACCAGGUGUACGGGGUGAAGCUGAAGGGCGUCAGCGUGUGCUUUGCCAUGCUGAAGGCGGUGCUCAGUGGGAACUACGUCAACUUCGGGGUCUUCCGUCUGUAUGGUGACGACGCUCUGGACAACGCCUUACAGACCUUCAUCAAACUACUGCUGUCCAUCCCUCACAGUGACCUGCUGGACUACCCGAAGCUCAGCCAGUCCUUCUACUCUCUGCUGGAGGUGCUGACGCAGGACCACAUGAACUUCAUUGCGAGCCUGGAGCCUCACGUGGUCAUGUACAUCCUGUCCUCCAUAUCAGAAGGCCUCACGGCGCUCGAUACGAUGGUGUGCACCGGCUGCUGCUCCAGCCUCGACCACAUCGUCACCUACCUGUUCAAGCAGCUUUCGCGCUCCACCAAGAAGCGGCCCGCUCCCAUGGCGACAGAUGACCGCUUCCUGCACAUCAUGCAGCAGCACCCGGAGAUGAUCCAGCAGAUGCUGUCCACCGUUCUGAACAUCAUCAUUUUCGAGGACUGCAGGAACCAGUGGUCUAUGUCGCGGCCUCUCUUAGGCCUCAUCCUGCUCAACGAGAAGUAUUUUGCUGACUUGAGGAACAGCAUCGUCAACAGCCAGCCGCCUGAGAAGCAGCAAGCCAUGCACUUAUGUUUCGAGAACUUGAUGGAGGGAAUUGAGAGAAAUCUACUAACAAAGAACCGGGACAGGUUCACACAGAACUUGUCGGUGUUCAGGAGGGAGGUGAACGACAGCAUGAAGAACUCGACAUACGGCGUCAACAGCAACGACAUGAUGAGCUGACAUUCCACGCGGCCGCCCGCCGAGCUCGCCCGGCCCCUCGACCCGCCUCUCCACGGCCUCCUACCCCUCACCUCUCUGCAUCCCCCUCUCCCCCCCCGGGCCCGGAUGCCCGGGGAUCAUCACCCCGCCACGACACCGAUUCAGCCCUCCCCCUCCUCCUUUUUGAUAUAAGCAUAUAUAAAUAUAUACAGAUCUAUUUUAAAGCCAGCCCGCCGCGCCCGGCUCGCCUGGCUGCUCGAACAGAGGGGGGGGAGGGGGGAGGGAGCAUGUCUGAGCACUCUGAAUCACUGACAGGAAGUGGAGUGCGCCGCAGCCAGAAGAGGCGGCGAGGGGACGAAAGGACGAAUGCCGGUAAACGUAGUAAUCCGCUUCUGCCUGCCUUGUAUAGAAACCACCCGAGAAACCAAGUGUACAUUUUCUUUCGUAACAUUUUGAACAAUGUUUAUAAUGAUCGACUUUAAAAACCCACAAAGACGAGACGACAAACCAACGUGUGAUUGAGCUUUUUACAGAGUAGUGAGUUAGUGCACAUGUCUGUCUGCGUGGGCGUGAGGCCGGAGGGUGGGCGGGGCAAGCACAGGAAGCAGAGGUACACACACUAACGGAAAGGGAGGCUCAGAGCAUCCAUGUUGUACAUUUUUCUCUGUCUCUGCUGCUUGAAGUGAUGUAAAUAUUCCCGAAUGACGGCCUCAGAGGGACCGUCCUGCUGCUUUUCCUCCUUGGCGUCACAAAACCGUCACAUUUUGGUCACGGCGAGGUAGAAAAACGCCACCUCCAUCCUCAUUUCCUGUUUUUCUUUGCCCAUAAACACUAACCUGGAGGUCUUUGGGCUUUUCCGUGGUGCUCGGACAAAAUUAAACACCUUCAGCAGACCAAACAUCUUUCGUUAGAGCCGCUUUUAUUGUGAAGGCUCGCUAAACCUUCAGCUUAAAGUUGGUCUAAUGUCAGCAUGUUUGUCAGAGCGUCAUAAAAAUGAUUUAAAGGCAGAAAUAGUGAUUAGCUCCUGUUUUUCUUGGUCACGUGACACUUUUUGUCUAGCCAUCAUUUAAAAAGAUUCAUCAAAACCCCCGUGGUUGUCGUCGUCAUUAUUAUUAUUAUUAUUAUUAUUAUUAUUAGAACUGUAAGCUGCAGAACAAUAAGCUGGCACUUCAUCAACUUCAGUUUGACUAAAGCGUGAUCAAAACAAAACUUUACCUCUUUAAGUUUACAGUAAAACAAGCGAUCACACAACACACAGACUGACAUUUCAACGUUCAGGGAAGUUCAGGGUGUCAUCAGGCUGACAGGAGGUCACGACCCAGGUUUGCAAAUACAGAGGAAAUCCUCAGAGAGGCUUCAUCAAAGCCGUAUUAGUAUGAUGAUGAUGAUAAUAAUAAUUAUAUUAUUAUUACUGGAGCUGCAGUGACGAUUUUAGUGGCGACACAAAGCUGGACAUAAUUAUUAAAUAUCUUCAGUCAGAUUUUUGAUAUAAUAAUCUGCUGAUUAUUCCUUGAUUAGAGCUUCUGUUGUGACGAAGGGUCGUAAAAGUUUUCAGCCUCAAAAUGUUUCAAAUGUUGAACUUUUAGAUAUUUUGUUUUUCUUGAGUUCCAGCUUUUCUUUUUCCCGCAAUACUAAAGCAGAUUAUUAAUUUGCUCGUUCUGAUGAUUAAUUUAAGCUGCGUUAUUUUAAAUGAUUCAUCUUUGGAUUUUUAAACGUUUGUCAAACAUCUGAAGACGUCUCCUUAAAUUUUUUUCAUUUUUUCCCUGUUAUUCAGAUGUUAUUCAUUUAUCAGACAAAAUGAUCUGCAGCAUUUCAAACAAACAUUUCAGACUCGAGUCCUGGGGGACUUCCUGCUUUCGCCCCACUUAACAGUCCCUGAGUGAGUUUUCAGCUCUCCGAUAUCUUCACCUUAAAAAUUCUCAUGCUUUCUGUAGAUUUUUUUUUCCUUUGUAAUGAAAAUAAACUUUCCCAAUGAAACCAGCAGAAAAUGAGGAUAUAAUCACGCUCAGUUAUCAUAUUUUCAGUUAAAUUAACACAAUGAAUCAUGUAAAACUAGAUGUGAGGAUUCUUUUUCAGACAGACUUUAAACGGAUCAUAAAAGCAACAUGUUUAAACCUCCGUAAAUCUGCUUUGACAUCAGGAGUGUCGGAGUGCAGACGUCCUCUAAGAAUCUGCAUGUUUUAACUUCAGCUUCUCGUUGACUCGUGACCCGAGUGUUCAUCAUGAUCACCAGCUGCUGUUAUCGGCUUCAGCUUGACUAAAACAGAACCACACGAGCCUUUAAACGACUCUUCAAACUCAGGAAAAACACUGUUAAAGUGAUCACAUGGUAACAUUACAGUAUUACCCCGAUUCGCCUUGACGACUGGUUUAAUAUUGCGACUUUUACAGGAUGUUGUCGGGUUAAUAGAGUUCAUAUCUCAGAGGUUUUCUGUGUUGACGUUCUUGAGUGUCUGACCGACAGAACAAAGUCCAAAACACUGAAUCCACUGAUUGAGGAAAACGUUUAAAGCUGAGCUGAAACCUCCACAGAUCUUCAGGCAGCACCAAUUUCUACCAAGUCUCAAGUCGAAUACGGCGACAUGACGGCGUUUAAAGACUAAUGACCAAGAAAAACCACACAGGAAGUCAGGGAGGAGGGUCACCGUUUGUUCAUCGCCACAUGAAUUGUUUCUUUGACGGUUUUUGGAGUACAUAAGGUCAUAAUUUCCGAAAUUUCAGGUUUCACCACGUUAUUUGUCGUUUUCAUGCAGUUAAAAACGUGAAAUCCUCUCCAGGGUCAGCUGACUGAAUUCACAGAAACUGAUGGAGGGGUUUUUUGUUUUUUUGUUUUUUUUGUAAAAAAAAAAAAAAAAAAGCAGCAGAACUUCCCUUUAAGGCGCCCGUCUGCAUCGCCGCGGCUCUGCCUUCCUCUGAGCAUGGCGGCUGCGCCGGUGGUGACGUCCUGCAGGUGUCGCACGCCUGCUGCUUGAUGAACGUGUAAGCAACAUGGUCACAGCUACAUUUUCCCCUCUGGUAGGCUGGGUGCAGUUUCCACCAUUUUGUUUACACUCUGGAUUCCUCGGACCAGGUCUCGGCCUGCCCCCCUUUUUUAGGGAGUCCUUUUUGGUGUGUGCGUUGAUGUUGUGUGUGUUUGCGUGUGCGUGGAGUGGAGUGGCUCUCUGUUGCCUGGCGUGCGUGUAUGUGGUGUCUCACGGUGCUGCGACGGCUUGAACCCGCGAUGGAGCUCAAACAGCCAAGGUCCGAGCUGCCAAGCGGGAAGCAACAAGGGGAAACCAUCGAGGCGGGAGUGCGGCGAAGGUGCCCGGAUCGGUCGUCAAACCUUGGCAGAAGGUGUACAAAGAGAAGCAGGAAGUGGAGUCUAUUAGCAACUUGUGUUACUCUCUACGAUGUUGCUGCUAACUGUUUGUGACAACUAGCUCAUCUCUAACCAUGUCAGCACUCACGGAUGUUUAUUGAGUUCCUAAUUUUUUGGCUUGUGUCCCUGAUGUGAAUGUGUUGGGUCCAUAGAGUGAGUAGCUGUUUGAGUUGUUUGGAUGUCUGCUACAUAUAGUGUAAGCAUUGUGACUGCAAAUAAACCUCAUUGAUUUUUA